CUCUACCCCCAGGCUGUGGAGUAUAACAUCUUUGAGGGGCUGGCGUGUCGGGGCUGUCCUGUCGUCGUGGUUACCCAGGGUAGGGUGGUCUAUGAGGAGGGGGAGGGGCUCCGUGUCCAGCAGGGUUCAGGACGCUUCAUUCCCCGCCAAGCCUUCCCAGACUACGUCUACCAACGCAUCAGGACCAGGAACACGGCCGGUGUACGACGAGGCCGGUGUACGACGAGGCCGGUGUACGACGAGGCCGGUGUACGACGAGGCCGGUGUACGACGAGGCCGGUGUACGACGAGGCCGGUGUGAAGGGGAAGCAAGGUGUGUCUCGUGGGAUGUAUGACGGGCCGGUGUACGAUGUUCUGGCCACGCCCCAAUACAUAACCCCUUCCCCUUCCGCCAAAACCUCGCCCACCUCCCACCAGCCCCCACCAAUCAGGAACCUCCACCAGUCCAACUUCAGCCUAUCAGGGGCUCAGUUUGAUGACAACGUUCCUCGGCGCUCUGGCCAACGCAUCGUAGCGCCACCUGGUGGCCGAUCCAACAUCACCAGCCUGGGAUGAGCAGCUGGGAACAUCACUUUGUUGUGUGUGUGUUUGGCCUCACAAUAUUCUAGACUCAAGGCUAAUCUAUGUCUGCGUCACAAAUUGCAACUUAUUCCCUAUAUAGUGCACUACUUUAGACUAGAGCCCUAUUCCCUAUAUAGUGCACUACUUUAGACCAGAGCCCUAUUCCCUAGAUAGUGCACUACUUUAGACCAGAGCCCUAUUCCCUAGAUAGUGCACUACAAUAGACUAGAGCCCUAUUCCCUAGAUAUUGCACUACUUUAGACUAGAGCCCUAUUCCCUAUAUAGUGCACUACUUUAGACCAGAGCCCUAUUCCCUAGAUGGUGCACUACUAUAGACUAGAGCCCUAUUCCCUAUAUAGUGCACUACUUUAGACCAGAGCCCUAUUCCCUAGAUAGUGCACUACUAUAGACUAGAGCCCUAUUCCCUAUAUAGUGCACUACUUUAGACCAGAGCCCUAUUCCCUAGAUAGUGCACUACUUUAGACCAGAGCCCUAUUCCCUAUAUAGUGCACUACUUUAGACCAGAGCCCUAUUCCCUAGAUAGUGCACUACUUUAGACUAGAGCCCUAUUCCCUAGAUAGUGCACUACUUUAGACUAGGGCCCAUAGGGUUCCUAUGGUUUCUCCAUCUUUGGGCCCAUAUAGGGGGCAUCACUGUAGGACAAACGGUUUAUUACAAUGAAAACACACCCAGUGUUUGACCCCUCUGACACGCAGACGUGAACCCACUGUGAUGUCAUGAUGCGUCGUUGUCGUCUUCUCCCUGUCAGCAUGACUUCUCCUCCUCCUUCUCCUUCUUCUCCUCCUCCUUCUCCUCCUCCUCCUUCUUCUCCUCCUCCUCCUCCUGCUCCUCCUCCCCCUCCUCCUUCUCCUUCUCCUCCUCCUCCUUCUCCUUCUCUUUCUCCUCCUCCUCCUCCUUCUUCUCCUUCUUCUCCUCCUCCUUCUCCUUCUUCUUCUCCUUCUUCUCCUUCUCCUCCUCUUCCUCCUUCUCCUCCUCUUCCCCCUCCUUCUUCUCCUUCUCCUCCUCCUCCUUCUCCUCCUCCUUCUUCUCCUCCUCCUCCUCCUCCUUCUCCUUCUUCUCCUCCUCCUUCUUCUCCUCCUCCUCCUUCUCCUCCUCCUCCUCCUUCUUCUUCUCCUCCUCCUUCUUCUCCUCCUCCUCCUCCUUCUCCUUCAUCUUCUUCUUCUUCUCCUCCUUCUUCUUCUCUCAUGUCAGCUCAGACAUGGUGCUCCUCUUACUCCCUCUAUUGGUCAGUUGAGGAAAGGCAGGAUUUCCUGCAGCUGGUUUAUGUAUCUUUGGUUUCAGUAUGUAUUUCCCAGUGUGUCUCGUGUGGGCUGGUAACGUAUUGCUUGGACAUGUUUUUAGAUGUUAGAUUCUACUCCUGUAAAACACAUUUCUUUCACCUUGUAUUUGACAGCACAAUGAUAUGUAUAUCUCAUUAUAUUCAUGGUGAACGUUUUCUUGCAAACACAAUCAUUCCCUGUGUGCAAACUGUUACUGUUUCUGUCAAUUCACCAUCAGCAAAGCAAUAUCGUCACUCUCACCACUUGAAAAACUUGACUUGUAAAUGUAUGAAAUAAACAACUAAUAUAAUUGUGUGAUCAAACUAAAGGAACUGAUGACUGAUAAAAGUCAAGUAGCGAACAAAGAUGUGUGUAUCUGUUUAAAAACACACUUGAGGAUGAACAGCUAAUUCAGUAGAGGAAUCACAUGUUAAACUGGACAUGAUGAUGAUGCUAUUUUAGAAUGUCUGAGUCAUUCACUCCAGAGGUAGAUCUUUGUUGUGAAGAGAUGUUCAACUCUCUGCUGUAUGGAUCAUUCACUCCAGAGGUAGAUCUUUGUUGUGAAGAGAUGUUCAACUCUCUGCUGUAAAGCACCUCAGCUCUUAUUGGUGUUUAUAAGGUUCCUGUCAUGAACGAACGCUUCACCUUCUAUUUACUUGAUGUGGAUGUUACUGGUUGUUAUACUGUGUUAUGUUACAUGUAGUGUUACACUCUGAACCACA